GACUUCAAUUAGAAUUACAAAUAAGGGUACUCAACAAUCUUUUAGAAACAGCCAAAAGAGAAGACGUUGUAACAUUUGCAACCAUCCAAAGAAUUCAAAAGAAAGUAAACGGAAUUAAAGAUUUUAUAAGAUUUCACAAGUUAAAAAUUACAAUCAACGAAAUUCUUGAAUUUUUAAGAAAUAAUCAAGUAUUAAAAGAGAAUCCAGAUCCAUCUUGUAUCCAUUGCUAUCCGAUAACAGAACAACCUUCGGAAGAAUUUGGAAAAUUUUGGUAUUUCUGGGCAGUUUAUUCAUUAAAAGGAGACUCAUAUACUAGUAUUACUGAAAAGGCUUUUGAUAAAGCAAGAGAAAACAAAGAUAAUUCUAUAGUAUUAAAUCAGUGUUUUAAAUUAAUUAUAACCUCCAUAAGAUAUCACGAACUUGCACAAGAAUCCUUUGAAAACUUACUAAAUAUAUUAGAAAACGAGUGGAGUAAUUACUUGGAAACUGACAACUGGGAAAUUGAAACAUCAAUAAAAUCAGGAACUAAUUCAAGAUUAGCAUCAAGGAAAAGUUCAAGAAGAAGUUCAAAAGCAUCAAAAAUGAUUAGAAAUAACGAUGGUAUAUUGGUCGAUACAUCUUCUCAUGAUCAGAAUUCACCACCAAAAAAUAGUAGUAGUUAUGAUCCUUUCCGUGAUCCCUCAGAAAGUGAUUUGAAAUGGGCUGAACUUAUUUAUAAAGUUCAUGAUGACACAGAAUUCAUAACCCAUUAUGAGGAUGCGAUAAAUUUAGAGGAAAGAAUAAAAAUAUUAACAUAUCUUACAAAUAAUAGUAGGCUCUUUAAAAUGAAUUACGAACCUACUAUAGUUGAAGCAGCCCAUCUCAGAUAUCAUAUGCUUUCUAAUAAAAAGGAUAGUCAGGAUUAUAUAACUGGCAAUAAUUAUGAAAGCAAUAUACCUGACAGUCUUCCUCAGGAAGAAAUCAACAGUUCAAUUCUUCAAGAAUUUCAUAAAAAUGAUUUCGAAUAUGAAGAAAAUCAAGAAUAUAUCAGCAAACCUUUUAAAAAUAAUGAAUUUAUAGAAUAUUGGCAUAUUUUCCAAGGAAAUGACACACCUUGUUUGAUUUGUAAUUUUGAUGAUGUUAACCAUCAUAGUCACAUGAUCACAAAGAAAAAGAAUCAGGAGCUACAACAGAUUCUAAAAUAA